GCGCAUGCAAAACCCAGGCCGAUAUCGGCCAAGCAACCAAACAAAAUGUUCCAUCGAUCUCGUCCCCCCAGCUCUAGUCCUCCUCGUACCAACAAAAUCAAUAAAAUCCUGAAAAAGAGAAAGGAAAAAAAAUAAUCCUUUCGAGCCUCUCGAAUCCUUUCCAAAUCCAGUCUCCAAACCCUAGAAGCCACAAUUAGGGUUAGGGUUCGCUCCUCCUCCAGCCGCGGCGGCGUGGCCAUGGCUCAUGGCGGUGGCGGAAGGGCGAAGGUGACGCCGAACCUGGCGAUGGAUGAGGAGGGAACGCGGAUGCUCAACCUCACCGUGCUCCAGCGCCUCGACCCAGCCGUCGAGGACAUCCUCAUAACCGCCGCGCACGUCACGCUUUACGACUUCGACACCGUCCUCAACCAGUGGAGCCGGAAGGACGUGGAAGGCUCGCUCUUUGUCAUCAAGAGGAAUGCUCAGCCCAGAUUUCAAUUUAUUGUCAUGAACCGUCGAAAUACAGAUAAUCUUGUUGAAAAUCUCUUGGGUGAUUUCGAGUAUCAGCUUCAAGUUCCCUAUAUAAUGUACCGCAAUGCUGCACAAGAAGUUAUUGGAAUUUGGUUUUAUAACUCUCAGGAAUGUGAAGAAGUUGCUAACCUUUUUAGCAGGAUACUGAAUGCAUUCUCUAAGGUCCCUCUGAAGCCAAAGAUUCCCUCGAUCAAAAGUGAAUACGAAGAGCUGGAAGCAGCACCUGCUUUGGUUGAAGGUCCACUAGAACCGCCAGCUUUGGAUAUUAUAGCCCCUACUAACCAUGCACGAGAAGAUCCCUUGUCUGCAUUCUUCAAUGCUGCUGCAAACGUUGGUGGUGCAUCUGGAGCAGUAGUUAUGGGACAUGCGCCAAAUGAAUCUUUUGGGGCUGCUCCAUUAUCUUCACACGCGCAAACAAGUAUUACUGCAUCGCAGCCUCCAGCCUUGCAUCAUUUGCAUCCUUUGCAAGCUUCCUCGGUUUCUGGGAUACCCCAUGAUGUUCAUGACGGCACUGGUGUUAUAUCGAGGUCCACGAAUCUUGUAAAUCCAUCACUUUUUUCUCCAUUGAUGUCUUCGCAGGCAAUGGCUUGCAAUAAUUCUGCAGUGCCAACCGUGCCACAUCAACAUCAUUGGAACACUCAGCAACCACAAAGUGCUCCCUUGCUUCAGCCUUUUCCAUUGCCAACUGCUUCGCCUUCGCCGCCAUAUGGGACUCCGUUACUUCAGCCAUUUCCACCACCAAAUCCAUCCCCAUCUCUUGCAUCAGCACCAGACUACAGCUCUCUACUGUCCAGAGACAAAAUAAGGGAUGCAUUACUGAGAAUUGUAGCGAAUGAAGAUUUCAUUGAUUUAGUCUACCGGGAGAUUGUGAAGGGACAAUAAUUAAUCUUCAAGGGAGAGCUGUCUCUUCGUCAGGCUUUGUCUGUUGUUUAGACACAUGUCUUUUGACAGGCCUGUAAUUUAAUUUGUACUAGAAGAUAUGCUCAUGUAAAUUUAUUGGUGGUGAAGUUCGUAGGUGCACCAUCCUCCAUUGGCGGAAUUUGUUAAUACAUCUACUGGCACCGUUAAAUAUGACGUUUGUAUUCUUGGUGUAGAAAAGUUUUGGUCCUAAUUAACAUGUCCGACAUAUUCUACCACAGUAAUAUUUGUGAAUCGACCGUUAGAACCGA